CGUACUUUCCGCUAAAAUUUAGUUAUUUUUAUAUUUGGUUCGCAACGGGUUAAAAUGUCAUUAGUGUGUCACUUAAGUUCGCAAACUUGUAGUUCAAGCUUUUACGCUCCGCUCAACUCCGGCAAGACGAUUGCGAAAUCCACUUCCGUAAAUUAACGCUAAUGGACAUACACGCAACGACACAAAGUUAUUGUUGUGGUUGCUGUUGUUGGCCCGCUGAAGCUGUUGCUCGUGCUGUUCCACUUGUUUUUUAGACACAAGCGUCCAAAUUCGACUUGACGCUCUCUCAAUUCAAGAUAUUUAUAUGACAGUUAUGGUUGUCUCGUUUGCGCACGCUCUCACACACAUUACCGCUAAUCUGCGAACACCAUCGGUUGUCGUUUGGAUCGGCAGAUAAACAAAAUCGCUGAACCAAAACAAACACAAGACGCUGGCGCUAGAUAUUAUUUAAGUUUUGUGUAUACCUCCCGCUGUACAUACAUACAUACAUACGCUCUCUCAUGCAUACAAUACAAACCUCUUUGGGACCCAAACAGGUAAUUUGUCAGUAGAAAAAAGCUCUUCUUUAUUGACGGCAUAGUAAAGUUGAUUGUUUUGUCGUAAUAGAGAUGUUGUUGGCUCUCGAUUGUGGCAAAUAUUGGCUAAAUACCCAAUUUUUUGUGAAUUAACACAUUGGCGUUGCGGAUAAAGAUCAAUGCGAAAACAUAAUUAAAUCAACAGCAACGGUAGGGAGGGCGCUAAGGUGUGGCGUAGCAGAAAUAAUUGGAGUGUAAGCCGCAUUGCGACAGCAGCCGACGACGACUACGCAGUUGUGACGCCAUUGAUUGUGCGCAUAGGCCUCACAGUCUCCAGUUGAACAGCAAGAGCAAGAGCAGCGGUUGCUGGCUUCCAAGCGACGCGUUCGGUGGAGCUGCAGUGCAGCUUUGUUUUGCAUCUUUCGCCGUUGAACACUUUCGGUUUUCAGUUUGUUUGUUUCAGUUACUUCGACGUGUUGUGUUGCAAUAUGAUCGUGAUUUGCAUAUUCAUUUCGCUGACAAUCGUUUCGGCGUUGAAUUAUGUUAAGACUCGUAGGAAACGUGCGCUCAUCACGAAUCUAAGUGGACCCUUGGCGCUGCCGCUAAUCGGUUCGGUGCAGAAGUUCUUGCUGCUUACGCCAAGAAAUUUUCUCGUCAAGUCACGCAAUUACCUUAACAAGUUCGGCACACUUUCGCGCUGCUGGGUCUUUGAUCGGCUCUUCAUACUUACCGCCGACUAUGAGUUUGUCACACAGCUGCUACACAGCGCAGAUCAUUUGAAUACAGGCUACAACAAUCUGUUGCAACCGGUCUACGGCGUUGGACUGUUGAGGCGAGAUGCCGACGAAUGGCAAAAACGACGACAAUUGAUCACGCAUGCGUUGCGUCCACAGAUACUAACGGACUUUGUGGAGGUAUUUGCAGCACAAGCACAGUUAUUGGUGGAGCGCCUACGCCAAGAAAGUGAUGGUAAAAGCAGCUUCGAUAUACAACCAUAUGUGCAGAGAGCGGUGCUCGAUGUGCUCAUUGCAACUGCAGUGGGCGUGGAGAGCCGAGCGCAGUGUGCGCAAGCGCAGCCUGUGGAUGGAGAGUAUGCGCAAAUUGUGUUGGCGCUCAUCGAGCUCUUUAAGUCGCGUUUUCUCAGCUUACACUCCGCUAAUGCCACAAUCUACAGCAUACUUUGUCCGCUGAUGAAGCGACGACAGCGGCAGCUAUUGAAGACGCUGAAUCGCCUGAAUAACGAAUUGAUUUUAGAGCAACGCGCAGCCUCCACAACAACAGCUACGACUGAUAAGUCUAAUGGCGCGGUUUAUACGAUCCAAGUGAAUGAGUCACAUAGCGACACUGUGCCGCUGCGGUUUGACACACUUUUGAAACAGCUGCUCGCUGCCGAAAUCGCUGAUGAGUCGCUGAGUAAUGCGGAGAUCUGUGAUGAGCUGAAUACCUUCGUUUUUCAAGGUUGCCUACUAACACCGGCGGCGAUCUCAUUUGCGCUUGUCGCGAUCUCACGUCAUCCGAGCGUACAACAAAAAGUACUCGAGGAAUUGCGAUGCGUUUGGCCGAAGGGUACGUCGUGUAUCUGCACGCUGGAGAAUUUAAUGAAGCUAAAAUAUUUGGAGAGUGUAAUUCAGGAGACGCUCAGACUGUAUCCGCCACAGCCGAUUAUAGCGCGCGAUCUCAAGCGAAAUUUCAGCUACACGCAUUCAAAGGUCAAAGACGGCGUUUUACCUGCUGAAUCGGAGAUCUAUAUAAAUGUCUUUGAAAUGCUGCGUCAACCUGAAAGUUUUGCGGAUCCCGAAUGUUUUUGCCCGGAACGCUUUAGUUCCGCCGAAAAUACCGACAUGCUUGCCUGGGGUCUCGGUGCGCGGAAUUGUAUUGCUCAAAAGUACACCAUGCUGCUGAUGAAAUCCGUGAUUGCGCAUUUACUACUAGCCUAUGAAGUGCUGCCUUUUGGCGCGGAGCUAAAUUUGGAAGUGAAAAUCGUCUUGAGUUCCGCGAGCGGUUGGCAAGUGGCGCUUAGAACGCGCGAUAAUUAGUUUUAUAAGUUGGCAGUAUUUUUUUUACAGUAGGGGUACUUGUUGGGGGUUUUAUAAUAUAUACGCAUUUAAUAAUAAAAUAUUUAUAUACAAGAUCGUUAAUAAUA